AUGUCUGUCUUUUUGCCACUGCUCGAAGGUGCAGCGGACGAGACCCUCCUGCGCGCUCUUGCGCGCAUCGGGCCUCUUGUUGUUCCUGCCUCGCUUGCUGCUGCGACACUUGCCGACCACUACGUUCUCUGCGACGACUCGGCCGCAAGUCUUGACGAAGUGAUCUCCUUCCUUGACCGAGGAGCGGAAAAAGUUAUCCUGCCCCUUGCUCAGGCAAAGGAUGCCAUCGCAGUCAUUCCCGCCGAACGUUUGUUGCUACUUCUCGACGUGGGCAAUGUCAGCGCGGUAUCAGACACCAUCCGGAACGGCGUAUCAGGUGUGCUCGUCAAGACUCCCGCUCUGGACGUCGACUUUGUCGCGUCCGUGUCUCGAUUCUUCUCUGGUUCUGCAGUUCAUGUCCUGCCCGCGUCCACCAGCACCCCCCCUGCGCCAUCCGCCAUCCGCGGCCUGGUUGCUGCGGGAGCCGUCGUAGUUCUCCCGACAUCUCUGCUCACCCUGGAAGCCUCGUCUGAUCACCAGAUCAAUAUCGCGGAUGCGUUUCUUUCCCCACUCGUGUCUGACCGUCCGGACGGUCUCUUUCCUACUGUCGUCUCCUCUCACAACGAGGGGGGGCGGACGUUGGGCUUGGUGUAUUCGUCCGCAGAGUCGAUCAAGGCGAGCAUCACGACAGGGAAAGGAGUGUACCAGUCGCGCAAACAUGGCCUCUGGCACAAGGGCGAGACCUCCGGUGCAACACAGGAUGUAGUUAGCAUUCGUGUCGACUGUGACUCUGAUUCGCUCGAGUACAGUGUCAUUCAGCAUGGCGCGGGGUUCUGUCAUCUCAAUCGGGCAUCUUGCUUUGGUGACGGUGGGUCCAAGGGUCUAUUUGCGUUAGAGAAGACCCUCCGAUCGCGUCUCUCGUCCGCCCGGGAGGGUUCGUACACGCGGCGAUUGUUCAAUGACCCCGAGCUGCUCCAGGCCAAGAUUCGAGAGGAGGCUGACGAAUUGUGUCGCGCAGAAACAAAGGAGGAAGUCGCUUUCGAAGCCGCAGAUCUCCUGUACUUUGCCCUCACGCGCUGCGUGGCUGCUGGAGUCGGAAUUCCUGAUAUUGAGCAAUCGCUCGAUCAAAAGGCGAAAAAGGUCACCCGCCGCCCAGGCAAUGCCAAACCCCAGUGGACUCAGACACCCGACCGUGUGAAGAAGACUGUACCCCAACCUCAAAGAGAUCACAAACCCGCCGCGGAUCCAACUGCACCUAUUCGCAUGCGCAGCUAUGAUCUCUCUGCCGCUUCGCCGCAGGAACGAGCUCAGCUGCUUCGACGACCCGUACUGAAGUACGACGAGAUGCUCACUAAAGUCAAACCCAUUGUGGACGAUGUCCGCGUACGUGGAGAUGCGGCUCUGCUCGAGCUCACUGCAAAGUUUGAUAAGGCUCAACUCACUUCGACCGUCCUCCGACCGCCUUUCUCACCCGAAAUGAUGCAGCUCGAUCCCGCAGUACGCGAUGCGAUCGAUGUCGCGUACGCGAACGUCUACAAGUUCCAUGCCGCGCAGGCGGAAACGUCGACCAUGUUGGUCGAGACGAUGCCUGGUGUUGUCUGCUCACGCUUCGCGCGGCCCAUCGCACGUGUAGGGCUGUAUGUCCCUGGUGGAACUGCCAUCCUUCCAUCUACUGCGCUGAUGCUUGGCAUCCCCGCACAAGUAGCGGGCUGCAAGGAGAUUGUUCUCGCGACACCCCCGAGGCAAGACGGAAGCAUCUCACCAGAGGUGAUGUAUGUCGCGCAUCUCGUAGGCGCUUCAGCUAUCCUCAAAGCAGGCGGCGCGCAGGCUGUUGCGGCUCUCGCUUACGGGACGCAGAGUGUCCCCAAGGUGGACAAGAUCUUCGGACCCGGGAACCAGUGGGUCACUGCAGCCAAGAUGUUGGUGCAGAACGACACGGACGCACUGGUCUCGAUCGACAUGCCCGCAGGGCCAUCAGAAGUUCUCGUCAUUGCAGAUCAUACCUGCAACCCAGCGUUUGUGGCUGCGGACUUGCUCUCGCAGGCCGAACACGGCGUGGACUCGCAGGUGGUGCUUGUUGCGAUUGACCUCUCGGAUACGGAGCUGUCAGCAAUAGAGACCGAGCUUGAUGCACAGGCUCACGCCCUACCGCGCGUUGAUAUCGUCCGCGAGUCUAUCGCGAAGAGCAACACCGUAAAGGUCCGGUCUGUGGAGGAGGCGGUCCAGUUUUCGAAUGACUACGCACCGGAACACCUGAUUCUUCACCUGGAGAACGCGAGCGGAGUAGUUCCGCUGAUAGAGAAUGCUGGGAGUGUCUUCGUCGGACCAUACUCACCAGAAAGCUGCGGCGAUUACGCUUCAGGCACUAAUCACACACUGCCGACCAAUGGCUAUGCCCGUCAGUUCAGUGGUGUUAAUACACUGUCAUUCCAGAAGCACAUCACCUCGCAAGAAGUCACUGCGGAUGGCUUAAGGGGCCUUGGCCCUGUAGUUGCGACACUCGCCGAUUGCGAAGGGCUCCAAGCUCAUGCCAACGCAGUACGUAUUCGCCUGCGGGCAUUGUAA